ACAGCUCCUUGCAAGGGCUAGCAGGAAGGGUUAUCAUCCAUAUAUCCCUUUCUUCUUGCGCUUGUUUUUAUUUCAACCACUUCAGUUGGGCUAUUGGUUAUCAAACCGGGGAGCUGCUCUAAAGAAAAGGAAAUCAUUGGGAGAACAAUGACCCAAAGGCAUUCAUAAAAUUAAAAUAAAAAAUAAAAAAAAUUGCAAUUUAUUACUGGAUUGCUGCAAUUUAGCUCAAGGUCACUAAUACCUGGUGAUUUGAUACAAAAUGCGGAAGCAUCGAUACUUGCCAUUGUGUGCCCUCUUGGGGCUAAUACUCUCCGGCUUUCACUCUACCACCGAAGCUCAGACCGAUGGUCGACAGGGCGUGGCAGCAGAUAUAAUCUUUCUAGUGGACUCGUCGUGGAGCAUUGGAAAGGAAAAUUUCCAAUACGUGAGGGAAUUUCUGUACAAUGUGGUAAAAGCUUUAAACAAGGGGCACGAUGAAUUUAAUUUCGCUAUCGUCCAGUACAGUGGCUCGCCCAAAACAGAGUUCCAAUUAAACACAUACACCGAUAAGCAGGACAUACUUUUCCACAUAUGGAGUAUGCCAUAUCGGGGGGGCGGCACAAGAACGGGACUGGGGCUGGAGUACCUGAUUAAGAAUCACCUGACUGAGGCGGCUGGCAGCCGGGCCAGCGAAGGUGUCCCGCAGAUCAUUGUAGUUUUGACGGACGGUCGUUCCCAAGAUGAUGUUAUACCACCGUCGUCAAUCCUAAAAAUGGCAGACGUUGACAUGUUCGCUGUGGGAGUGCAGCAUGCCGUGGAAUGGGAGCUGAAGGAGAUAGCCAGCAAGCCUCUAGAGACUCACAUGUACAAUGUAGACAAUUUUACUGCCCUACACAGUAUAGUAGGAGAUAUAGUCACCAAUCUACAUGCAGCCGCAGCGUCCCCUGCACUGGCUGAAGCACAAGGAGUAAUAAAAGAUGUUACAGCGCAAGAGUCGGCUGACCUUGUAUUCUUAAUUGACGGAUCAGAUAACGUUGGAGCUGCCAACUUCCCAAUCAUCCGUGAUUUUGUUCUGAAUUUCAUUGAUAACCUCAGUGUGGGAGAUGAUGCAAUGAGAGUUGCUGUUGUUCAGUAUAGUGAUGAUCCCAACAUUGAGUUCUAUUUAAGUAGCUACAGCACCAAAACUGAGGUUAUGGAUGCCGUGAAGGGACUUAGCUUCAAAGGCGGUGCGGAGGCUAAUAUGGGGGCUGCUCUGGAGGCAGUGGCUCAAAACCUCUUCACAGCAGGCGCAGGCAGCAGAGCAGAGGAUGGGGUACCCCAAACUUUAGUGGUUAUCAGCGCUGGGCAGUCCAGCGACGAUAUCAGAGAGGGGCAGUUUGCUCUAAGUCAAGCUAGCAUUUAUACUUUUGGCAUUGGGGCUGGGAUUACAGACACCUCGGAGCUUGAGCAGAUCGCCACGAACCCCAGCUUUGUGUUUGCAUCUCCAAAUUUCAAUGACAUUGAUGACCUGCAAGAUCAGGUACUGCCAUUAAUUAAUGGGCUGGCCCAACGAACCACUGCCAUUCAGCCCUCAACCGUAUUCACAGAAGUUUCGCAAGUCAGCAGGAGGGACAUUGUCUUCCUUAUAGAUGGGUCCCAGGUUAUGGGUAAUACCCUUUUUACUGCCAUUCGUAACUUUAUAGUGGACUUCAUCAACAAACUUCCAAUUGGACCUGACCAGGUUCAGGUCGCUGUGGCCCAGUACACCAGUGACGCUAGAAUUGAGUUAGAUCUGAACAGCCAUGCAACAAAAGAACUGGCAGCGGCUGCUGUAAAAAAGCUGAAAAUAAAAGGAGGCUCACAAGUAGCAAAUACAGGAGCGGCCCUGGACUUUGUCAGAACCAACAUGUUCAUCCCAUCUAAAGGGAGCAGAAUACAGCAGAAUGUGCCCCAACUUAUGAUCCUGUUCACUGCCAGAAAGUCCAGCGAUUCUAUCGUCCAGCCAGCUGAAGAGAUGAAACGCAGUGGGGUCUUAACUUUGGCUGCUGGGGCCAAAAACGCUGACAUUAAAGAGCUUUCACAGAUAGCGUUUGACGAGAAGUUGGCCUUCUUGGUAAAGGAUUUCCGUGGGCUGUUCAAGAAUCCACAAACUAUUAUUGCCCCACUGACUACUCUGUCUGGAGCGAUUAUCACGGAGGAGCCAACAGAAGUUAUAAUAACAACAACGCAGACUAUUCCAAGAGUUGUGCGGGACAUUGUUUUCCUAGUUGACGGAUCAAGCAAUGUUGGAAACGCCAAUUUCCCUUAUGUGCGUGACUUCAUCACAAAUGUCGUGAAUAACCUCAAUGUUCAACCGGAUAAAGUUAGAAUUGGCCUGUUGCAGUACAGCGGUGAUCAGCGCACAGAGUUUUAUUUAAGGACCCACACCACAAAGGAUCAAGUGUUAGCCAACAUAGCUCAGCUCAGGCUUAAAGGUGGAGCGGCUUUAAACACUGGUGCUGCUCUGGAGUACGCCCUUGCCAACCACUUCACGAGAGAAGCUGGGUCCCGGAGUGCUGAUGGUGUAGCACAAGCCUUAGUGCUUAUAACAGCAGGCAUGUCUCAGGACGAAGUCAGAAGAGUCGCUGAUAAAGUAGCCAAUGCAGGUGUUGUGACAUUUGCUGUGGGAGUGGGCCGUGCAGACCAAGAGUUUCUGCAGCCAAUUGCCUUUGCCCCUCCUCUUGCUUACUACACAAGAGCUUUUACUGGUCUGACAGGCAUUGUGGAAGAGUUGAUUAAUCCUUUGCAGACAGUGGUGGGUGAAGUUGAGACAACUGUUGUAGAAGGUGUCAAAAAAGAUGUUGUAUUCCUGAUUGAUGGCUCUGACGAUGUAGGAGGGGAUUUUUCCUAUAUCCGUGACUUCAUUUCACAAGUAAUCCAAACUCUUAACGUUGGAAUCGACAAGGUGCGCAUUUCUGUAGUCCAGUACAGUGACAGUGCAUCUCCCAGUUUCUACCUAAACUCCUUCACGACCAAAGAAGAGAUCCUAAACGCUGUCAGUGGCCUCUCACUUAUAGGUGGAACAUCCUUAAACACUGGUGCAGCACUUAGUUUCCUCAAAGACACUAUCUUUACACCCACUUACGGAAGCAGAAUUUCAGAAAACGUCCCACAGUUCCUCAUUGCAGUGUCUGCAGGAAGGUCGGAAGACAGUAUCCAAGAGCCAGCCAGAGCACUAAAGACAGCUGGGGUUGUUCCUUUCACCAUUGGAGUCAAGAACGCUGACAUCAGAGAGAUAAGAGAGAUUGCAUACACUCCUUCUUUUGCAUUCACCAUCAGUGACUUCAGCCAGUUUACCUCAGUCCAGCAGCAACUUGAAAACUAUGUGAGCACUCUGACUAAGACAUCCAUUGAAAAGAUAAUCCCAACAGUUGUUACUGAAGCCAUCAAAAGAGAUGUUGUGUUUCUGCUUGAUGGUUCUGAUGACACUAGAAAUGGAUUCACAGCAAUCCGCGAGUUUGUUCAAAGUGUAGUGGAGAACUUUGAUGUGGAGGAAAACAAAGAUCGAGUUGCUGUGGUCCAAUACAGUAACAAGCCUACAGCUAAUUUCUAUCUAAAUACAUACUCAACCAAGGAGGAUGUCCUUAAUACAAUCAGAGGCCUGAGACAUAAAGCUGGAAGACCCCUCAACACUGGAGCAGCUCUCCAGUUUGUUAUGGACAAUGUCUUUACUGCUUCUUCUGGUAGCAGACGUCUUGAGGGUGUGCCCCAGAUCUUAAUUCUGCUGACUGGUGGAAGGUCCAGAGAUGAUGUUGGGGCUUCAGCAACUGCUCUAAAAGGGCUUGGGGUUGUGCCUUUUAGUAUUGGAACAAGAACUGCAGAUACCAGGGAGUUGCAAACAAUUUCUUUCGCCCCUGAUUUUAUUUACCCAAUCCCUGGAUUUAGUGAUCUGCAAACUAUCCAGCAACAGCUGCUGUCCUCAGUUAAAAGCAUAUCUAAAAGUGAAAGUAUACAGCCUGAAACUCCAACGGUUAUAGUUGACAAAGAAGGUGCUCAGAGGGAUGUUGUGUUUCUACUUGAUGGUUCUGAUGAUACUAGGAAUGGAUUCCCAGCAAUCCGUGAUUUUGUUCGAAGAGUAGUGGAGAAUAUGGAUGUGGAGCAAAAUAAAGAUCGAGUUGCUGUGGUGCAGUACAGUAAUGAUGCAGCAGCAACAUUCUACCUGAAUACAUAUUCAACCAAGGAGGAUGUCCUUAAUACCAUCAGAGGCCUGAGACAUAAAGGUGGAAGACCCCUCAACACUGGAGCAGCUCUCCAGUUUGUUAUGGACAACGUCUUUACUGCUUCUUCUGGUAGCAGACGUCUCGAAGGUGUUCCACAGGUCUUAAUUCUGCUGACUGGUGGACGUUCCAGAGAUGACGUUGGGGCUUCAGCAACUGCUCUAAAAGGUCUUGGGGUUGUGCCUUUUGGUAUCGGAACAAGAAAUGCAGAUACCAGGGAGUUGCAAAGAAUUUCAUACGACCCUGCUUUUGCUCUUUCUGUUUCUGACUUCUCUGAUCUUCCAAACAUCCAGCAGCAACUUCUGUCCUCUAUUACAAGAGUUACUAGAGAGAGAACAACAGAGACACCAACAGUCAUAGUUGACAAAGAAGGUGCUCAAAGGGAUGUUGUGUUUCUACUUGAUGGUUCUGAUGAUACUAGGAAUGGAUUCCCAGCAAUCCGUGAUUUUGUUCGAGUAGUAGUGGAGAAUAUGGAUGUGGAGCAAAAUAAAGAUCGAGUUGCUGUGGUGCAGUACAGUAAUGAUGCAGCAGCAACAUUCUACCUGAAUACAUAUUCAACCAAGGAGGAUGUCCUUAAUACCAUCAGAGGCCUGAGACAUAAAGGUGGAAGACCCCUCAACACUGGAGCAGCUCUCCAGUUUGUUAUGGACAACGUCUUUACUGCUUCUUCUGGUAGCAGACGUCUUGAGGGUGUUCCACAGGUUUUAAUUCUGCUGACUGGUGGACGUUCCAGAGAUGACGUUGGGGCUUCAGCAACUGCUCUAAAAGGUCUUGGGGUUGUGCCUUUUGGUAUCGGAACAAGAAAUGCAGAUACCAGGGAGUUGCAAAGAAUUUCAUACGACCCUGCUUUUGCUCUUUCUGUUUCUGACUUCUCUGAUCUUCCAAACAUCCAGCAGCAACUUCUGUCCUCUAUUACAAGAGUUACUAGAGAGAGAACAACAGAGACACCAACAGUCAUAGUUGACAAAGAAGGUGCUCAAAAGGAUGUUGUGUUUCUACUCGACGGUUCUGAUGAUACUAGGAAUGGAUUCCCAGCAAUCCGUGAUUUUGUUCGAAGAGUAGUGGAGAAUAUGGAUGUGGAGCAAAAUAAAGAUCGAGUUGCUGUGGUGCAGUACAGUAAUGAUGCAGCAGCAACAUUCUACCUGAAUACAUAUUCAACCAAGGAGGAUGUCCUUAAUACCAUCAGAGGCCUGAGACAUAAAGGUGGAAGACCCCUCAACACUGGAGCAGCUCUCCAGUUUGUUAUGGACAACGUCUUUACUGCUUCUUCUGGUAGCAGACGUCUCGAAGGUGUUCCACAGGUCUUAAUUCUGCUGACUGGUGGACGUUCCAGAGAUGACGUUGGGGCUUCAGCAACUGCUCUAAAAGGUCUUGGGGUUGUGCCUUUUGGUAUCGGAACAAGAAAUGCAGAUACCAGGGAGUUGCAAAGAAUUUCAUACGACCCUGCUUUUGCUCUUUCUGUUUCUGACUUCUCUGAUCUUCCAAACAUCCAGCAGCAACUUCUGUCCUCUAUUACAAGAGUUACUAGAGAGAGAACAACAGAGACACCAACAGUCAUAGCUGACAAAGAAGGUGCUCAGAGGGAUGUUGUGUUUCUACUUGAUGGUUCUGAUGAUACUAGGAAUGGAUUCCCAGCAAUCCGUGAUUUUGUUCGAAGAGUAGUGGAGAAUAUGGAUGUGGAGGAAAAUAAAGAUCGAGUUGCUGUGGUGCAGUACAGUAAUGAUGCAGCAGCAACAUUCUACCUGAAUACAUAUUCAACCAAGGAGGAUGUCCUUAAUACCAUCAGAGGCCUGAGACAUAAAGGUGGAAGACCCCUCAACACUGGAGCAGCUCUCCAGUUUGUUAUGGACAACGUCUUUACUGCUUCUUCUGGUAGCAGACGUCUUGAGGGUGUUCCACAGGUUUUAAUUCUGCUGACUGGUGGACGUUCCAGAGAUGAUGUUGGGGCUUCAGCAACUGCUCUAAAAGGUCUUGGGGUUGUGCCUUUUGGUAUCGGAACAAGAAAUGCAGAUACCAGGGAGUUGCAAACAAUUUCAUACGACCCUGCUUUUGCUCUUUCUGUUUCUGACUUCUCUGAUCUUCCAAACAUCCAGCAGCAACUUCUGUCCUCUAUUACAAGAGUUACUAGAGAGAGAACAACAGAGACACCAACAGUCAUAGUUGACAAAGAAGGUGCUCAAAGGGAUGUUGUGUUUCUACUCGACGGUUCUGAUGAUACUAGGAAUGGAUUCCCAGCAAUCCGUGAUUUUGUUCGAAGAGUAGUGGAGAAUAUGGAUGUGGAGCAAAAUAAAGAUCGAGUUGCUGUGGUGCAGUACAGUAAUGAUGCAGCAGCAACAUUCUACCUGAAUACAUAUUCAACCAAGGAGGAUGUCCUUAAUACCAUCAGAGGCCUGAGACAUAAAGGUGGAAGACCCCUCAACACUGGAGCAGCUCUCCAGUUUGUUAUGGACAACGUCUUUACUGCUUCUUCUGGUAGCAGACGUCUUGAGGGUGUUCCACAGGUCUUAAUUCUGCUGACUGGUGGACGUUCCAGAGAUGACGUUGGGGCUUCAGCAGCUGCUCUAAAAGGGCUUGGGGUUGUGCCUUUUGGUAUCGGAACAAGAACUGCAGAUAUCAGGGAGCUGCAAAGAAUUUCAUACGACCCAGCUUUUGCUCUUUCUGUUUCUGACUUCUCUGAUCUUCCAAACAUCCAGCAGCAACUUCUGUCCUCUAUUACAAGAGUUAUUAGAGAGAGAACAACAGAGCUACCAACAGUCGUAGUUGACAAAGAAGGUGCUCAGAGGGAUGUUGUGUUUCUACUUGAUGGUUCUGAUGAUACUAGGAAUGGAUUCCCAGCAAUCCGUGAUUUUGUUCGAAGAGUAGUGGAGAAUAUGGAUGUGGAGCAAAAUAAAGAUCGAGUUGCUGUGGUGCAGUACAGUAAUGAUGCAGCAGCAACAUUCUACCUGAAUACAUAUUCAACCAAGGAGGAUGUCCUUAAUACCAUCAGAGGCCUGAGACAUAAAGGUGGAAGACCCCUCAACACUGGAGCAGCUCUCCAGUUUGUUAUGGACAACGUCUUUACUGCUUCUUCUGGUAGCAGACGUCUUGAAGGUGUUCCACAGGUUUUAAUUCUGCUGACUGGUGGACGUUCCAGAGAUGAUGUUGGGGCUUCAGCAACUGCUCUAAAAGGUCUUGGGGUUGUGCCUUUUGGUAUCGGAACAAGAAAUGCAGAUACCAGGGAGUUGCAAAGAAUUUCAUACGACCCUGCUUUUGCUCUUUCUGUUUCUGACUUCUCUGAUCUUCCAAACAUCCAGCAGCAACUUCUGUCCUCUAUUACAAGAGUUACUAGAGAGAGAACAACAGAGACACCAACAGUCAUAGUUGACAAAGAAGGUGCUCAAAGGGAUGUUGUGUUUCUACUUGAUGGUUCUGAUGAUACUAGGAAUGGAUUCCCAGCAAUCCGUGAUUUUGUUCGAGUAGUAGUGGAGAAUAUGGAUGUGGAGCAAAAUAAAGAUCGAGUUGCUGUGGUGCAGUACAGUAAUGAUGCAGCAGCAACAUUCUACCUGAAUACAUAUUCAACCAAGGAGGAUGUCCUUAAUACCAUCAGAGGCCUGAGACAUAAAGGUGGAAGACCCCUCAACACUGGAGCAGCUCUCCAGUUUGUUAUGGACAACGUCUUUACUGCUUCUUCUGGUAGCAGACAUCUUGAAGAUGUUCCACAGGUCUUAAUUCUGCUGACUGGUGGACGUUCCAGAGAUGACGUUGGGGCUUCAGCAACUGCUCUAAAAGGGCUUGGGGUUGUGCCUUUUGGUAUCGGAACAAGAACUGCAGAUAUCAGGGAGCUGCAAAGAAUUUCAUACGACCCUGCUUUUGCUCUUUCUGUUUCUGACUUCUCUGAUCUUCCAAACAUCCAGCAGGAAGUUCUCUCCUCUCUUACAAGAGUUACUAGAGAGAGAACAACAGAGACACCAACAGUCAUAGUUGACAAAGUUGGCGCUCAAAGGGAUGUUGUCUUUCUACUUGAUGGUUCUGAUGAUACUAGGAAUGGAUUCCCAGCAAUCCGUGAUUUUGUUCGAAGAGUAGUGGAGAAUAUGGAUGUGGAGGAAAAUAAAGAUCGAGUUGCUGUGGUGCAGUACAGUAAUGAUGCAGCUGCAACUUUCUACCUGAAUACAUAUUCAACCAAGGAUGAUGUCCUAAAUACCAUCAGAGGCCUGAGACAUAAAGGUGGAAGACCGCUUAACACUGGAGCAGCUCUCCAGUUUGUUAUGGACAACGUCUUUACUGCUCCUUCUGGUAGCAGAAUUCUUGAGGGUGCUCACCAGUUUUUAAUUCUGCUGACUGGUGGACGUUCCAGAGAUGAUGUUUCGGCUUCAGCAACUGCUCUAAAAGGGCUUGGGGUUGUGCCUUUUGGUAUCGGAACAAGAAAUGCAGACACCAUAGAGUUGCAAACAAUUGCAUAUGAUCCUAGUUAUGCUUUCUCUGCCCGUGACUUCCGUGACCUUCAAAGUAUUGAGCAAGAAUUUAUGUCCUCUGUUACAAGAGCUUCACGGCAGAGACAAGCAGAACCACCUACAUUCAUAGCUUUCCAAGACAGUGACAAGAGGGACGUUGUGUUUUUAAUUGAUGGCACAUACGCAGUGAGAAAUGAUUUAGGUAGCAUCGUCGACCUGAUUACCAGAGUGGUAAAUCAGUUGGAUGUUGGUUUGGACAAAGUGAGAAUCUCUGUGGUGCAAUACAGUGAUGAUGCCAAGGUGGAGUUCCUACUCAACGAACACUCCACCAAAGAAGAGGUUCUCAGUGCAGUCCAGAGAAUCAGAAACAAAGGUGGGAACAAGUUGAACACCGGCGAGGCGCUAGAGUUUGUUUCCAGAAACAUCUUCCAGAGGUUUGCAGGCAGUAGGAUAGAAGAAGGCGUCCCUCAGUUCCUGAUUCUCCUCACCGGGGGAAAGUCUGCAGAUGAUGUUUUCUAUCCUGCAGAAAAGUUAAAGAAGAACAAUGUGGCACCUUUUACUAUCGGAGCGAAGAAUGCUGAUGAAGAGGAGUUAAAGCUGAUAUCUCUCUCUCCUGAAUACUCUUACACUAUAAAAGAGUUCCGUGAUCUGACUGACAUUGAUCAGCAGCUGCUGACACCUGUAAAGACGUUAAGUGCCACUGAUAUCAGACAGAAGAUCCCUUCGGUUACAACUGAUGUUAUUUCUAAUCUUGGAAAAAAGGACAUAAUUUUCCUUAUCGAUGGAUCUGAUAGUGUUGGCGGGGAUGGCAUAGCGCAUAUUCGAGACUUCAUGAUCCAGGUCCUCCAGCAGCUUGAUAUUGGUCCUGAUCAGGUAAAAGUUGCUGUGGUGCAGUAUAGCCGUACCCAGAAAACAGAAUUUUCUCUGAACACCCACUCUAACAAGAGAGCUGUGAUAAAUGCAGUGAGAAGACUUCGCCAUAUGGGUGGCUCCGUUGUCAAUCUGGCUGAGGCAAUAGACUAUGUUGUGAGAAAGGAACUGACUUCAGCAAACGGAGCCAGACUGGAUGCCUCACAGCACUUAGUGGUACUCACUGGAGGGAGAUCCCAAACUGACGUGAGCAAGUAUGGCAAUCUGUUAAGAAGAACAAAUGUCAACUGUAUAGGAAUUGGUGCCAAGAAUGCAGAUGGAAGACAACUGGCUGAAAUUGCCACAUCCAGUGAAGAUGUUUUUCAAAUAAGCGACUUCCCAAACCUUCCUGGAAUUCAGGACAAGUUCAUUGCAAGACUGAGUGGAACAACGCUACCAACACCUACUGAGCCUACUGUUGCUGAAUAUGGUGAUCUGAAGCCAAAAGUUGCAGAUAUUGUGUUUUUAGUGGACGGCUCCAAUAAUUUCAACAAGGCCGACUUUGAUCAUAUAAUGCAAUUCAUUGUUGGCUUGGUUGACAUCUUUGACGUAAAGGACUCCAUACAGGUUGCCUUGGCACAGUACACCAAGGACGUAACCGAUGAGUUUUUCUUUAACACUUACACAUCCAAAGAUGAUAUCAUAGCAGCAAUAGAGAGAACGAACUACAGAGGGGGCGGGCGGGGGAUCAACACAGGGGCUGCCAUCAAGCACAUUCAGGACAGGCAUUUCGUGAAGGCUGCAGGGAGCAGGGCGCAUGAGGGCAUCCCGCAAAUUGCUUUGAUUGUGACAGGGGGGAAAUCCCAAGAUGAUGGGGGUGCGGCAGCACUGGCCCUUAGAGGAACUGGUGUGCGGAUAUACGCAGUGGGAGUUGGAGAUACCCUCAGUGAAAUUAACAAGCUGGCAAGUGAAAAAACAACAGUCUUUAGGGCCUCAACAGCCCAGGGGAUCUCAGAGCUGAAUGAACAGCUCAUGGUGAUACUUUCUGAUGAAAUGAAGGGGAUACAAAUCUGCACUGGAGCUCCAGAGAUUACAAAAGAUUGUAAACUUGAGGUCUUGGUGGGAUUUGAUGUCUCCAAUGUGGGUGCCGGGCAGAAUGUUUUUACAGUCCAGAGAGGACUUGAGUCCAAGAUGGAGGCAAUCUUCCAGAGAAUUUCACAGAUGAGGGUGACCAGCUGCUCCGGCUCCCAGGUCCCCUCUGUGAGGGUUGGUCUUCUGGCACUAACUUCAGAUGGGCAGCAGGUUGGUUUCGACUUCUCCAAAUACAAGCAAGAGCUGUACGAGCAGUUCAGAGCACUGCGCACUCGAGGACCGUACAUUCUGUCUACAAAGACAGUGGAUGCAUACAGGGACAAGUUCGUAGCCAGCGGCACACCGGGAGCUGUCAAGGUGGUAAUCCACUUCACUGAUGGUCUGGAGGAUGGGUUUGCUGCAGUGAAAGCACGUGUGGAAGCGCUUCGUUCAGCAGAUGUGAGUGCCUUCAUCCUGGUCGGCCUGGAGCGGGCGUCUGAUUUUGAAAACGCAGUACUGCUGGAGUUUGGUCGUGGAUUCAGAUACUCCAAACCUCUCCGGAUAAACCUGCUGGAUUUAGACUAUGAACUGUCAGAGGAACUGGAUAACGUUGCUGAACGUGAAUGCUGCGGAGUGCCAUGUAAGUGCACCGGUCAAAGAGGGGACAGAGGCCCACCAGGAAUCCCUGGAAUAAAGGGUUUGCCAGGAGGAAUAGGAUAUGCAGGUCACCCAGGUGAUGAAGGAGGACCAGGCGAGAGGGGUCCUCCAGGUGUGAAUGGAACCCAAGGGUUCCAAGGGUGCCCAGGACAGAGAGGCGUUAAGGGUUCUCGAGGAUACUCAGGAGAGAAGGGUGAAAUUGGAGAAAUUGGGUUAGAUGGAAUAGAUGGAGAAGAGGGGACCCGAGGGGUGGUAGGUCCUCCGGGAGAUAGAGGAAGCCCUGGAAGACAGGGUCCAAAGGGCAUCAAGGGAGAAAGAGGAGACAGAGGGGACACAGGUCUGCGAGGUGACCCUGGUUAUUCUGGAAUAGACAACACUCAGAGAGGACCGAGGGGAGAGAAAGGAGAUAUGGGACCAAUGGGAGAUCCUGGUGAGGAUGGUGGUAAGGGAACACCUGGAGUAGCAGGAAAGAAGGGAUCCUUCGGAAGAAGAGGACCUCCUGGACCACAAGGCACCAAAGGUACCCCAGGACCCCGGGGUUCCGCAGGAGACCAAGGAACAAGAGGUUCACAGGGCCCAAUAGGGUCUACUGGAGUCCCUGGAAUCAGAGGAGAGAGUGGCAACCCAGGACCAAGGGGACCAGGAGGACCUUUGGGGCCGUCUGGAGACCGUGGCAGGCCUGGCCCUGCUGGAAGAAAGGGUGAACCAGGUGAUCCAGGGGACAAGGGAGCCAGCGGGCCUGUGGGUCCUCGUGGAGAAUCAGGUGAAGAUGGUCGAGAUGGUUUUGGAAGGCCCGGUCUCGUAGGAAAAAAAGGUGACCCAGGAUUCCCUGGAUAUCCAGGUCCAAAGGGAGAGGCUGGCGAUUCUGGAUCCAGAGGGGGACCUGGUCUGAAAGGCAACCGGGGCCAAAGAGGAAAUGCAGGGAACCCUGGCGAUCCUGGACAAAAAGGAGAGGGUGGAUUCCCAGGACCAUAUGGCCAGAAAGGACCAAGAGGACCAGGUGUUGUGCAAUGUGACCUUGUCAGGAACAUUAAAGAAAAUUGCCCUUGCUGCUAUGGUGCGCAGGAGUGCCCUUUGUACCCAACCGAACUGGCAUUCGCCAUCGAUAAUUCCCAAGGUGUUACCAGGGAGGUGUUCAACCGUAUGAAGCGCAGCAUUCUGAACAUUGUGCGCAACCUCACCAUCGCUGAGAGCAACUGCCCGCGAGGGGUGCGGGUCGCCGUGGUGACCUACAACAACGAGGUGGUGACGGAGAUUCGCUUCUCUGACAAUCACAAGAAGAAGACCCUGAUCCAGCAGAUCGAGGGCCUGCAGCACUUGCAGACCAGCAAGGAGCGCAGCCUGGAGAGCGCCAUGAACUUUGUGGCCAGGAACACCUUUAAGCGGGUGCGCAGCGGCUUCCUCAUGAGGAAAGUGGCCAUCUUCUUCAGCAACGGGCCCACCAAGAGCUCGCCCACUCUCAGCGCUGCCACCAUGAAGCUCUACGAAGCAGGGAUCUCCUCUGUCUUCCUCACCAGCCGGGAUGAUGGGGUGCUGAACCGAGCUGUGCAGAUCAACGGCACAGAACUGGCACAAGUUCUUGUGCUUCCUUAUGGACCAGCACAAUUUAACCAAACCAUCAAGAAAGUUAUUAACUGUCAUGUCUGUUUAGAUUUCUGCAGCCCAGAUUCCACCUGUGACUUCAUACUCCCUCAAACUACGAGAGAUAGGAGGUCACCCACUACGGACGUUGACAUUGAUAUCGCCUUCCUUAUGGACAGCUCCGAGAGCACCAGUCCGAGACAGUUUGUGGAGAUGAAACGGUAUGUCUCCCACAUCGUAGACCAGCUAGAAAUAGCAUCGGACCCUAAAACAUCUGAGCACCACGCCCGAGUAUCUGUCAUCCAGCACGCCCCCUACGAAUAUAAACAGAACAGAAUCCUGCCGCCAGCCAAGGUGGACAUCGGACUGAUGGAAUACGGAUCAAAAGAGGACAUCAGGAACUUCCUUCAGAACAAAAUGCCCCAGCUGGAAGGGGUGCGGGCCAUGGGCAGUGCCAUAAAAUACACCAUUGAGCAUGUCUUCGAGACGGUGCCGCAUCCCCGCAACCUGAAGGUGAUUGUGCUGAUGGUAACGGGAGAAGUCAGGGAGGAUGAGGCUGAAACACUGCAGAAGAUCGUGGUCGAUGCCAAGUGCAAAGGCUUCUUCAUUGUGGUGCUGGGCAUUGGCAGCAAAGUUAGCAUUCAGGACCUUUCAGUCCUGGCCAGCGAACCCACCGAUGUCUUCUUUAAGAGAAUCGAGAGGUCAUCUGACUUUUACGAAGAACGUAUGCAGCGAUUUGGCCGUCUGCUCCCUAAACUUGUUAGUGCUGAAAACGCGUUCUACCUGCCUCCAGAGAUCAGCAAGAACUGUGACUGGUUCCAGAGUGACCAGCCCUGGAAGGGACCUUUCAGACACUCACACAAACACGCAAAGGGCAAGGAAAACCAAUCAGUUCCAGUGAAUAAACACAAAGAACUGGAGGCUGCUGAAAUACAAGCUGUUAACAUCAGUGCAACCAGCAUGGUGUUCCAGUGGGUCAGCCCAGAUAGUAAGCAGGAUUACCAUUACGAAGUGAUCGUAAAGAAACUGGGGGACCACUCCCCCGUGCUGAGAAAGAAUGUGACGGGCACCGAGCUGUUCAUCGAAGGACUGGACAGCGCCCAGCGGUAUCACAUAGUCAUCACUGGAUACCUCGGGACCGACGUCAAAGUCACAUACAAGGGGAUCAUCACCACCAAAAAAGCUGAGAAGAAAGCUGCUGAGGCCACUUUAAUUGUGAACGACGACCCGCUGGAGAAGCCAGAGACAGUGGAGUAUGUAUGCCAGCUGCAGAAGGAGGAAGGCUCAUGUACGAAAUUCGUCCUGAAGUGGUACUUUGAUGCCCAGACAUCGAGCUGCACGCGGUUCUGGUACGGAGGAUGCGGAGGAAAUGAAAACAGGUUCGAAACCCAGGCAGAGUGUGAGAAGGCCUGCGCUUCCGUGAUGGUCAAUCCUGGAGUCAUGGCGGCGAUCGGAACCUAAGUGAAAAGUAAUGAAAACCAACGUUUAGCUCUGAAGAGAACCCAGAGAUAACCACAGCCAUCUAGAAGCUAAGGGAAUACUGAACCUUGCACUGUACCUGCAGAUGCUUUUGAUGCAAAGACAAUCGUGAAGCAGUUUUUUUUUUUUUUAACGAAAAAAAUUGCUUCUUGAUUUGGCGUACUGGUGCUAAUGUGUUUGAUGAUCAGGUGCUGACUUUGUCUGGAAUGUAAUGAAAACAUUGUGGAACACUUACACUUCUCUUACAUCUUUAUUUUCCAUUCAUGGAUGAUUUUUUUAUGCUUUGAAAUUAAUUUUUUUUUUUUUUUUUUUAAUGAAUAUCUUGGUCAAAUGGGAAUCAAAAAGCAAAGUUUAUUCAAUAGGGCAAAGAUUCUCUUUAUUACUGCACACAUACUCAGUCCAAUUAUUUUUAAUGCAUAGGAUGGUAUAUGUUAGACACAUUUUGGGCCAAUACUGGCCCGAAGACAUCACAAUUAAGAUUUUCUUUCUAGCUGUUCAUUAUAUUACACUGUGUUUGUGUUUACAAUAUUCUGUGUUAACUGAAAAGAUGUAUAUGAUGACAAUAAUGACAAUCACCCUCAACUCAGUAUUGAGAAAUAGAAAAAUAUAUAUAGAUAAUGCACUUCCGGGACACAAAACCUCAAACACAAAAGUUCCAGCUCUUAAAUAUGGAAUGUAAUUGUCAACAUUGUGUACAGGUUUUUUUUGUAUCAUUUUUGACAGAAAAUAAAAAGUAGACUUUCUUAUAAAA